UCUGAGAAUCAAAAAAUGUACAGGAAAAAAUGCUUAUUUUUUUUUUUUCUCUUUUGUCGUUAAGCCAACAUGUCAAAAACAUAGAACAAUAACAAGAGACAAAUGGAAGACAUUUUCUUAUUAAAUUCUUGAAAAAUAUUCUUGCACAAAAAAAAUAAAAAUUUACCAGCAUGAAUUCUUUAAUGGUUUUUUUUUUUUUUUUUACUUUUUUGAUUUCUUCUGUGUAAUAAUAUAUAUUUUUGGUAUUUUCAAGAAUCUUUGUUUCUUGUUCUUGUAUUAUGUGUUUUUUUAUCUAAGUCAAGAUUGUAUCGAAAAUAAACUUUUUAUCUUGUCAUAAAAUAGCGGUACAAACUACAUACAGAUUAUCAUCAUUAGAUGGUCCAUUGUACUGGACAUGUUGUUGUUGUAGUAUUUUCAAGAAUUCAUUUGCGCGUGUAGAAUAAUGUUUUGUCAAGUCAAUAUAAUAUGUAAAAGGAAGUUAAGGAGAAAGAGAGAUCCAAGUCAAUGUUCAAACGUUUUGUGCCAAAUUGUCAGAAAAAUCAAAUAUUAGUAUUAUUAUUUUUGUCUACUGUUACAUUUUCUUCUUGAAAAUUACACAAUAUAUAUAUGUGUAUAUUUAUAUAUUGUAUAUUGUGUAUAUAGUAGCUGUCAAUUCUCUCUCUCUCUUGUUCAUUAAAUUUAUUUCACUUUGAUUCUUUGAUUUGUUUGUUCAUAGUUGAACUUAUUGAGGUAUACUCUACUGGGACAUAUUUUGCAUUAACUGCUGAUAAAGAUUACAACUUUGUAGCUAAAUCUUCUGGUUAAGACUUGUUUUUUUGAGCUCUUUUGUCAAUCUUGAAUACCAACUUCUUAACUGCCCCUACUAUUUCCUGUCUAGCUUUUGUGUAUAUUGUGUCAGUUUCAUUGUUUUGGUUCAGCUUUUGGUUGUGGGGUUUUGAAUAUUUUAGUUGGGCUUCAAUACUUGGAAAGUAAAUUUAUCAUAAAGAUUUGAGCUUUGGUGUUUUUGGGCAUUGAGAAAACUGCAUUACCCCUUUGGGAUUUAAUCUUUUUUUUGGUACUAUAUUGGCUCAGUUUCUUUGUGUUGGUUCAUUUUUCCUAUCUGGGGUUUUGAAAAUUUUAGUUGGAGUUCAAUUCUUGGAAAGUAAAUUUAUCAUUAAGUUGUGAUCUUUGAUGUUUCUGGCCAUUUUUCAGAAGGUGGUCCUUGGAAAGAAAAAACUGCAUUACCCCUUUGGGAGUUAGUUGUUUGUCUGUACUGAAAGAGAUAGUACUGUAGUGGUUGUUUUGGUACUAUAUUGGAUCAGAGUCUUUGUGUUGGUUGAUCUUUUCUGACUCAGAUUUUAGCUGGGGUUCAAUUCUUGGAAAGUAAUUUAUCAUAAAGUUGUGAUCUUUGGUGUUUCUGGGCAUUUUUUCAGAAGGUGGUUGUUGGGGUUCAAUUCUUGGAAAGUAAUUUUAUCAUAAAGUUUUGAUCUUUGGUGUUUGAAGGUGGUUCUUGGAAAGUAAUUUUAUCAUAAAGUUUUGAUCUUUGGUGUUUCUGAGCAUUUUUACAGAAGGAGAUUUCUUGGAAAAAAACUAAACUGCAUUACCCUUUUGGGAGUUUAGUUUUUUUCUGUACUAUAUUGGUAUUGGAAUGAGGACAGGUAGAAGGAAGAAGCUACAUUUUAGCAAGAUCUAUUCAUUUAGAUGUGGGAAAGCAUCAGUUUUGAGUACCGAUGAUCAUUCACAAAUCGGAGGGCCUGGAUUUUCUAGAGUUGUAUAUUGCAAUGAACCAGAUAGUUUUGACUCUGAAAUUAGAGAAUAUGCUGGGAAUUAUGUUAGUACAACAAAAUAUACUGCUGCAACUUUCUUGCCUAAGUCUUUAUUUGAACAGUUUAGGAGAGUAGCUAACUUCUACUUUCUUGUUACUGGAAUAAUGGCUUUUACACCAUUGGCACCUUAUACUGCUUUAAGUGCCAUUCUUCCUCUUGUAAUUGUUAUUGGAGCAACAAUGAUCAAAGAAGGAAUUGAAGACUGGCGUAGGAAGCAACAGGAUAUUGAGGUGAACGGUAGGAAGGUUAAAGUACACCAAGGAGAUGGAGCUUUUAAUCUAACUGAGUGGAAAAAUUUGAAAGUUGGUGAUAUAGUUAAGGUGGAGAAGGAUCAAUUCUUUCCGGCAGACCUUCUUUUGCUAUCGUCUUGUUUUGAUGAUGCGGUUUGCUAUGUUGAGACCAUGAACCUUGACGGAGAGACUAAUUUGAAGCUUAAACAAGCAUUGGAGGUUACUUCAUCCUUGCAUGAAGAUUCACAUUUUAAAGACUUUAAAGCCUUAGUUAAAUGUGAAGAUCCUAAUGCUAAUUUGUAUACUUUUGUUGGAAGUAUGGAAUACGAAGAACAACAGUAUCCUCUUUCUCCCCAGCAAUUACUCCUCAGAGAUUCUAAAUUGCGCAACACAGAAUAUGUAUAUGGGGCCGUCAUCUUUACUGGUCACGACACAAAGGUCAUGCAAAAUGCGACUGAUCCCCCUUCUAAAAGAAGCAAAAUUGAGAGGAAGAUGGAUAGAAUCAUUUACUUCUUAUUCACAGUUCUGUUCACAAUUUCGUUUGUUGGAUCAGUCUACUUUGGAAUUGUGACUAAACAGGACCUAGACGGCGGACAUAACAGGUGGUAUCUACGACCGGACGAUUCAGAAGUUUUCUUUGAUCCCAGAAAAGCUCCAGCUGCUGCCAUUUUACAUUUUCUGACUGCUGUGAUGCUGUAUAGCUACUUGAUUCCUAUCUCCUUAUAUGUGUCGAUCGAAAUUGUUAAAGUUCUUCAGAGUAUCUUCAUUAAUAGGGAUAUUAAUAUGUACUAUGAAGAAACUGAUAAACCAGCGCAUGCCCGCACCUCAAAUCUAACUGAGGAACUCGGCCAGGUUGACACAAUACUUUCUGAUAAAACUGGCACACUGACUUGUAACUCAAUGGAAUUUGUCAAGUGCUCCGUGGCUGGUACUGCUUAUGGACGUGGUAUUACAGAAGUUGAAAAGGCCAUGGCUAAGAGAAAUGGAUCUCCACUGAUGGCAAAAGCUAAGGAUCGUGAUAAUGAUCUUGUUAGUCCUAGGAAGUCCACCAUUAAAGGUUUCAAUUUUGAGGACGAGAGAAUCAUGAACGCGAGUUGGCUUUUUGAGCCUCAUUCCCAUGUAAUACAGAAGUUCUUCCGUUUGUUAGCGGUCUGUCAUACAGUCAUACCAGAAGUAGACGAGGUUACAGGCAAGGUUUCAUAUGAAGCUGAGUCUCCAGAUGAAGCAGCUUUUGUGAUUGCUGCUAGAGAAGUUGGUUUUGAAUUCUUUAAAAGGACACAAACAACUGUGUCAGUACAUGAAUUGGAUUUGGAAUCUGGCAAGAGAAUUGAGAGGACAUACAAGAUUUUGAACGUUUUGGAGUUUAAUAGUACAAGAAAAAGGAUGUCUGUCAUCGUAAAGGAUGAGGAUGGAAAGAUCUUGUUACUAUCCAAAGGUGCUGACAGUAUCAUGUUCGAAAGACUCGGGAAAAAUGGAAGAAGGUUUGAAGAAGAAACAAGGGAACACGUGAAUGAGUAUGCCGAUGCAGGGUUGAGGACCUUGAUACUAGCUUAUCGUGAGCUCAGUGAAGAGGAAUACAAAACUUUCAAUGAAAAAUUCCUCGAGGCCAAGAAUUCAGUCAGCGAAGACCGUGAAGCAAUGAUUGAUGAAGUAACAGAUAAGAUAGAAAAAGACUUAAUUCUUCUUGGUGCUACUGCCGUGGAGGACAAACUUCAACCAGGGGUUCCUGAUUGCAUUGACAAACUUGCUCAAGCUGGCAUAAAGAUUUGGGUUUUGACCGGGGAUAAGAUGGAAACAGCCAUUAAUAUCGGUUACGCGUGUAGUUUGCUUAGACAAGGAAUGAAGCAAAUUACCAUAACGCUGGAAAGCCCUGAUAUUAUAGCUGUAGAGAAAUCUGGAGAAAAGAAUGCAAUUGCCAGGGCUUCAAAGGGAAGUGUUUCACGGCAAAUUACUGAAGGGAAGGCUCUACUUACUGCUUCAAGCGAAGAGGCAUUUGCUUUGAUCAUUGACGGGAAAUCUCUUACAUAUGCCCUAGACGAUAAUGUGAAAGAUAUGUUUUUAGACCUUGCAAUCCGAUGUGCUUCUGUUAUAUGCUGCCGUUCAUCCCCUAAACAGAAGGCACUGGUAACAAGACUUGUCAAAAACGGGACUGGAAAGAUAACAUUGGCUGUCGGAGAUGGAGCAAAUGAUGUAGGAAUGCUUCAAGAAGCUGAUAUUGGAGUUGGAAUCAGCGGCGUUGAAGGAAUGCAGGCUGUUAUGUCAAGUGAUGUUGCGAUUGCUCAGUUCCGAUUUUUGGAGCGCUUGCUUUUAGUGCAUGGACAUUGGUGUUAUAGAAGAAUCUCUACGAUGAUAUGCUACUUCUUCUACAAAAACAUCGUAUUUGGUAUCACGGUAUUCUUAUACGAGGCAUAUACAUCAUUUUCUGGACAAGCAGCGUACAAUGACUGGUUCCUGUCAACUUACAACGUCUUCUUCACAUCACUCCCGGUGAUUGCUUUGGGAGUUUUUGAUCAAGAUGUAUCUGCCAGAUUGUGUCUUAAGUUCCCUUUACUGUACCAAGAAGGUAUCCAGAAUCUCCUCUUCAGAUGGCGUCGUAUUAUUGGCUGGAUGGUCAAUGGCGUUUGCAGCGCGGUGAUAAUCUUCUUCUUAUGCAUAACAGCACUAGAUCCUCAAGCCUAUAAAAAAGAUGGUAAAGUUGCUGGAUUCGCGGGUGUUGGAGCAACUAUGUACACAUGUGUUGUUUGGGUGGUCAAUUGUCAAAUAGCUCUUGCUAUCAGUUAUUUUACCUUAAUCCAACAUAUAGUCAUCUGGGGUGGAAUUGCUCUCUGGUACAUUUUCCUUCUUAUUUACGGAUCCAUGUCUACGACAUUCUCCACUACCGCGUACAAAAUCUUCGUGGAAGCCUUAGCCCCGGCUCCAUUCUACUGGAUCAUCACGUUUUUAGUGGUCAUUUCAGCUCUAAUUCCAUACUUCAUAUACAAUGCUAUUCAAACGCGGUUCUUCCCAAUGUACCACGGAAUGAUUCAAUGGAUAAGGUACGAAGGAAGGGCCGAUGACCCAGAGUUCUGCCACGUGGUAAGACAGAGGUCAAUAAGGCCAACAACCGUUGGUUUCACUGCUCGUUCAUUGGCGAGAAGGAAUCCUUUGGAAGACAAGAAAGAGAAGAGCAGUAGCCAAAGAUAACAUCUGAAUAGGUCUUCUUCUCAGCAAGACGACAACUUUUGGACCUACAAACACCAUUUUGUUCAAGCAGGAACGCGCUCAUUGUACAGGUUUACCGAGCUGGUCCUGUAUACGACUACAGACAUCGCGGCCACAACGUCAAGGUCCAAUUGGCACAAUGCUAUACUACUUGUAUACUAUUGUCUUAAAAGGGCAAAGAUGCCUCAUGAGUUUGUAAAUUUUGUCAACUGUUAACAUAUUUGUAAUUCUUUCAUUAUAUUAUCUUGUAGAAUUGUGUAAAAGUUUUUGUUGUUAAAUAUUAGAAGCAGAAUAGCAGAUAAGCAACUCUUAAAGAUUGGAUUUGUCAUGUGUACAUUUUUUUUUAAUGUCAUGUGUACAUUUCUUAGCAAUAAAUAUUGAGCAUUUCUAUUUGAA